CAAAUAAAGCACACCCACACACAGGUAACAGAAAAGAGAUGUAUUUAAUUUUGUUCCAAAUAUCAUGAAUCAGUUUAUCUUUAACACAAAUUCAAUCACUGGCAAUCUGCUGUUUAAAUUAUUACUUGCUGCUAGGAAUUAAUAUUUAUUUUCUAGUGGCUGAUUGAGACGCACCCAGAGAUUAAAUUUCGAUUUAUCUUUCUUUCUGUUAAUUCUCAUCUUAAACAGGGCAGUGUAUAACGUUAAAAACACAGAAAACCUCCUGCUGAAGCGACUGAGAUCCACGUGACUCACUUUUAUAAAGAUGGAGUUUAUUAAAGAGGAGAGUGAAGAUAUUACGAUUGAAGAAACAUUCAGAGUCAAACAUGAAGAAACUGAGGAACAAACAAAGAUGUUGUUUAUUAAAGAAGAGAGUGAAGACAUGAAGAUUGAAGAAACAUUCAGAGUCAAACAAGAAGAUACUGAGACACAAACAGACUUGAUGCUGAUGAAAGAGGAGAGUCAAGAACUGCAUGAUGUAAAGGAAGACAAACAUCUGUAUGAGAAACAUAAUGAUUUCAUAAUGGCAAACGAUAUUUUAGUUGCUCAAACUAAAAACGCUCCCUCACAAAAAAGUUAUAUCACUUGCGAACAGUGUGGAAAGAGUUUCGCCAGAAAAGUAGGACUUAAGGUCCACAUGAGAAUUCACACCGGAGAGAAACCUUUCACCUGCCAACAAUGUGGAAAGGGUUUUAUUGAAAAUGGAAACCUAACAAAACAUAUGAGAGUUCACACAGGAGAGAAGCCAUUCAUGUGUCCUAAGUGUGGAAAGUGUUUUACACAUCAAGCAACCCUUAAUACCCACAUGAAAAUGCACACUGGAGAGAAGCCGUUCGCAUGUGAUAAGUGUGGAAGAAGGUUCAGGAGGAAACCAACCCUUAAUGACCACAUGAGAACUCACACUGGAGAGAAGCUGUUCCCAUGUGAUCAGUGUGGAAGAAGGUUCAGAAGUAAACAAAACCUUAAUUGUCACAUGUAUAUUCACUCAAGGGAAAACCAUUUUAACUGUCAUCAGUGCGAAAGGAGUUUCACAGACAAGGAACACCUUAAGAAUCACAUACUAACUCACAUCGGAGAAAAGCCUUUCAUGUGCCAUAUCUGUGGAAAGAGCAGCACAAACAAAGGAAACCUUAAGAUUCACAUGAGAACUCACACUGGAGAGAAACCUUUCACCUGCCCUCAGUGUGGAAAGAGCUUCACAGCUAAAGGAACCCUAAAGACUCACAUGAGGAUUCACACUGGAGAGAAGCCGUACACAUGUGAUCAGUGUGAUAUCAGUUUUGCAUAUAUCCCAGAGCUGAAACGUCAUCAGCAAUUACAUUCUGGGCAUAGUUCAUAAGUGUGAUGGGGUUAAAAAAAACUGAGCAUCUGUGCAUUAACUCUGGAUAAAGAGAGAGUAUCUUGACAUGUCAUGCAGAUGUUUUUGUUCUUUGAAAAGAGUUUUAAAAUUUAGCCAUUUCCAAUGGUACCAAUUAAUCAUUCAAUCAAUUGAUUGAAUAGAGGCAUCACUAUUUGAUUCAGAUUAAUACUCAUUAUAUUAAAUAAUGUUCCAUUUUGCUUUGAAUGGCACAAUGAAAAUGGAAAGGACAAACUGAAUGAAACAAUGAACAUUGCACUGCGCAUCAGAUUCAUCUUUAGAGAGUGAAUGCACAGGUAAACAUGUUUUCAUCACAAAGCGUGCUGGAUUCCAGGACCUGGACAUCAGAACUGCCUCUGUAAAA